UGUGAAACAGGAAGUUGACCUUUCUUUUAUGAUCAGAAAUUGUCUAUAUUAAAACGUAAAAUGAUUGCUGAGCGAACAAAGGGGACAUGAAAUAGCAAGGCAAGAAGGUAAGCAAACCUGACCAGAAAUAUUGUAAAAUCUAAUUACAAUUAAUUCCUGAAAAGUUGCGAUGGAGUUUGAAGGGCCAAUGUUUACUGAUUCUGAAGAUGAUGAAGAAUUUUUGCCAGCUGGAUUACAGAGUGAUGUCUCGUCAAUAUCACUUGCUUCUUCAAGAUCGCCAUCACCUGUUGAUGUGCCGGCAGGAUCCAGUCCUGUUGCUUGUACAUCAUUUGAUCUCCACGAUGCAGAUGUUUCAGAGGCUGCCUCUGCUGUCUUGGAAACUGAGAUUGCCAAGGCAACAACUUCUUCAAUGAGUCAAAAUAAUGAACCAGACUGCAUGACGUCAGCUUUCCUUAGUGUGCCGGAGGAACUAUUGCAACAGGAAGAAAAAAAGCCCCCCAAAAAAUUAAAAGCAAGAAAAAAGAGGAAAUCUGGAAGCGAACAGCAGGAUGGGGAAACUAAAAAGAAAAAGAGGAAAAAGAAAGAACCUGGUGAGAAGAAAAAGAAAAAAGAGCCCAGGGAGAAGAAAAAGAAAAGUUCAAAGCCAGCAAAUAAAAGGAAAAACAUAAAUACCAUUAUUGCUGUUAAACAACUGAAGUUAGUACCAGGACAAUAUAUGCAGAAUUUGGAUUCUUAUAUUUCUGAAAAUCUAUCACCAUUCAGUAUUACAGUCACAGAACAGAUGAAAACAGAUUUCAGGUCACAGGUGUAUAACAAAUAUAUUGAUAAUAUUUGCCAGAAUUUAGAGGCCAGGUUUCCAGAUGUACAGUUGAUUAGUGCUUUCUCUAUAUUUGAUCCCAGUUUGGCUGAGGAUGAUGCCUGUCAGGAGAAACUUGAUAUGUUGAUUGAUCAUUAUCAAAUGAAUGGGGAGGCAAUAAGAAGUGAAUACACAUUAAUACAGACAGCCAUGAUGACAAGUUACACUGAUUACAAAUAUAAAGACAUGCUGAAAACAAUUAUUACAAAGUAUAAAGAUUUAACUCCUGGAUUACAUUACCUAGCUGCAGUGGCACUCACACUACCAAUAUCAACAGUUGAUUGUGAACGAGGGUUCUCAGCUGUAUCAAGAAUAAAGACCAAUCUGAGAAAUAGACUUUCUGAAAAAAUAUUAAGAUGUUUAUUAUUCAUAAGUGUAGAAGGACCACCAAUUGAGAAGUUUGACUUCAAGGCUGCUUCAGAUGCAUGGGCAAUGACCAAGACAAGACGACUUCAAUUAGAUUAAAUACAGAAAAAAUAGAUGAUGUUUGAAUAUUAUAGUUUGUGCUUGAAAAUGUAAUAUAGUUGUAUAUAUGUAUAAUGUUAAUAAAUAUGUGUUUUUGUGGA